GUGCCUCAUGUGGUGGAGGUGGUCAAGGAGGUCCCCAAGGCGGUCCCCAUCGACGUAACCGACCCACAGGCACACACAGGGAGGGCAUCAUGCAUGCAUGCCUUAUCCCCCCUCCCUCCCUGUAUGUGUCCAUGUGUGCAGAUCCACGUGCCGGUCAUCAAGUACGUCCCCAAGGUGGAGGUCAAGACCAUCGAGCGCGUGCAGGAGGUCCCCGUGCCCCACUACGUCGACGUGCCCGUCGAGGUCGUCAAGGAAGUGCCCAAAUACAUCGUCAAAGAGGAGGUCAGUCAGCCAGGCAGAGGGAACACGCACUCGGGGCCACUUAUUUCCUUGUGUGAGUGGAUGUUGUGUGUUCCGCAGGUGCGUCAUGUGCCUGUGCCCGGUGAGGUGGUGCCGAUCUGGAAAGAGGUCGUCGUCGAGAAGUAUGCAGUCACCACACCCCGCAUGCAAUAAGACUUCCCUGCCAUCACAUCUCUGUGUGUGUCUUUCUUUGUGUGUCCUCUCACAGAGAGGUGGUGGUCGACCGAGAGGUGGAGGUCGUCAAGUCAGCACAUCUCAUGAGACAAACGGCCACAAGCAGGACACGCAGACAUGGGCUGGCCGGUGUCUCGAUGUGCAAUGUGUUUGUGCAGGUACAAGGACAUUGAGAAGCCCUAUGAGGUGCCCGUCUACGAAUAUAAGUACAACAAAUACCCCGUGGUCUGUCUGUCAGCACACACACACACACACACACACCCCCCACAACACAGCACAGGUGCCUCCCAUGUGUCUGUGUGUUGAUGUGUGUGUGUAGGUGAUUCCCCACCGUACGACCACGAUGCUGCCUCCCAGUCCCACCCACGUGGUCGUCCCGCCAAUCAUCAAAGCCACACUCAACAUUGACAUACCUCCGGGUACACAUGCCCGCACCUUCUCACAUGGUCGUGUCUCUGUCUCUGUCUGUCCAUUGUGUUGUUGCGAUGUGUGUGCCCUGGUGUGUGGUGUCAGGUGUGAGCAUCAGCCAGAUGCAGUUGGUCGAGCUAUUCGCCACGAACGGCAUUGACCUCAACCUGUUCAAAUACAUCCAGGAGCCCAUCCCAGCGGCCUUCCCGGAGCAGCUCAAGGACGCCAAGCCCUGGCCAACAGAAACCUUUGGCCCCCUACCGCCCACCACACACAUGCGCGACGGCCACACCUGGACCGGCAAACCCGAGCCGGUGGGCGACGUCAUCGAGACGAAGCUCGAGGGGCCGCCCGCGGGAUGGAUACCCAACCAGGAACAGAUCAACAUCGUACGCUGCGAUGCACAUGACAUACAGAGAAGAGAGAGACACGGGCGAGAGGGAUGAUGGACAUGUAUCUGUGUGUGUGUAUGUGUGGGUUAGAUGAACGAGCACAAGUUGACCCCCGAGCAGUGCGGCUACACCGGCCCCCAGCUCGUCGCCACAGCUGUGGUGAGGGGGAGACACACUGACACAUGUCGUCAUAUCGCCAUUGCCUUGCUCUUAUGAGUGUAUGUCUCCAUGGAUGAUGUCUUUGUGUACACAGCCAGUUCCCGCCCAGCCGGUCCAGCGCCCCCCAGGUCAGUCAGCCAAAGCACUGCACUGCCGACACACAACACAACCAACAGGAUGUGAGUGUUUGUUGUGCCCUUUCCGAUCUACCAUCUGUGUGUGCAGUCCCUGCGCGCGCCUGCUGCACAUCCCGAUGCCGAUAGAAGCCGACAGGCAGACAAACGGCUGCAUCAUAUCGUCAAUGUAAUUGUGGGAUGGCCGCACAUGUGGAGAGACUGUCCUUAGUGUGUCGUGUUAGUCAGAAAGCCAGUAUAUCAUAGACAGAGAGGCCGUUCGCGCGUGUCUUUUCUUUCUGGGUUUUUGGAGGCAGUAUAAGGCCGGCCCGGCCAAAGUCAGCCGACACAUCACAUCAGACAAUACCACACAAUAUCACCCACUCUGCUCUCACUCUCUCUUUUUGCCUGCUGACCGGAGUCUGCUCUUGGUCUGUCAAGUGAAGUCAGUCGACCACCACACACCACAAGGCAUCCACACACACACACAUACUGGACUAUUGGGAGGGAAGGGAAGGAGAUCAGAGAAAGACAUACAGUUUUGCCUCUGAGCCGGUCAGCCGGCUCCGGACAGACUCAUUCGAUAAAUUGUGAGCCGGUCUCUGUUGUCUG